UGCUCCCUCCCCCGACCAGCUGCAAUCUUUCUCUCCAGCUCCCCCCCGCGACCAGCUUCUCCACCCCCUCCCUCCCUCGUCGGCGGAAAGCUCCCCGUGAUCUCGCCGUCGGCGCAAAGCUCCCCUCCGAGGCUCUCUCCGGCUGUCAAUUCGUCGGCGGACGGCCGGCCGGCGCGGAGAUCAAGCAGCCCCCCGGUCUCCUCUCCCAGAUCAGACCGCCAGGCGGCCAUGGCGACGCUGUCGGCGGGCGUGCUGCUGAAGCUGCUGGACGGGAUGAAGACGGGCGCGGCGAAGCCGGUGGGCGAGCACCGGACGGCGGUGCUGCAGGUGACGGACAUCGUGCCGGCGGAGAUGGACGAGGUGGACCUCUUCCCAAAGCACGGCCGCUUCUACGUCAAGGUCUCCGACUCCUCCCACUCCAUCUACGCCACGCUGCCGCCGGCCCAGGCCGACCUCGUCCUCGCCAACAAGCUCAGCCUCGGCCAGUUCCUCCACGUCGACCGCCUCGACCCCGGCUCCCCCGUCCCCGUCGUCGUCGGCGCCAGGCCGAUCCCCGGCCGCCACCCGCUCGUCGUCGGCACCCCCGAGCCCCUCGCCAGGAAGCCCGCCGCGCCGCGCAGAGGCUCCUGGGGCCCCGAGAACCAUGGUGGCGCCACGGCGGCGUCGCCCAAGGUCGUCAGGCCCAUCGCGCUCAGCUUCGAGGAGAGGACGCCCGUCAAGGAGCGGCCCUCGCCGGCGCGCAGCUCCGCGUCUUCCGUCAGGAAGAGCACCAGCGUCAUGCCAAGGCUCAUGACCCGCAGCCGGAGCUUCGUCGCCGACCGCGGCGACCCCCCUCCGCCGCCCAACAAGAUCCCCAAGAGCCCCUUCCAACCUGAGAAGAGUUCGCUGAGCUGCACGGCCGUCCGGACCAUGAGCAGGAGGCCCAGGGAGGAGGAGCCCUCCUCGCCGGUCUCCGAUGACGACGUCGGCAGCACCGCCACCUCCUCCAGGGCCGCCCGCGUGCCGGUGCCAGGGAAGCUCAGCUCCCUCGGCAAGGAGGCCAUGGAGCAGAGGGAGCAGGCGCAGAAGGUGGCGUUGGAGGCGCUGCGCAACGCGUCGGCGACGGAUAACGUCGUCAGGAUCUACAAGAUGUUCGCCGAGGUGAGCAAGGCGGCGAGGCCGGACGCGCCCGCGGCCUGCUUCGACGGCUUCCUCAGCUUCCACCAGGAGGCCGCGCAGGCCGUGGCCGACAUCGAGUCCAUCCAGGCGGCCACCUCCAUGGCUGCCGCGGCGGCCACGAGCGACGUGCUCGCCGAGGCUGAGGCGACGCCGGCGCCGGCGCCGAACGUGCUCCAGGAGAUCGCGCAGAACAGGGCCACCACGCCGGGGAGGCGGCGCGGCCUGCUCGGGUUCGGGAGCGUGUCCAAGUCGGUGUCCUUCGCGCCGGGCACGCUGCAGGACCCUUCGUCGCGGCCGGACGGCGCCGCCCGGAGCUCCAGCGCCAGCAGGAAGACGCCCGUCGGCGACGGCGACGACAAGAGCAAGAGGUCGUCGGCUCCGGCAGCGGUGGCGGUGGGCAACUCGCCUCUGGGGUCGUCGCUGAGGAUGGCGAAGCAGAUGCAGGCGGAGGCGGGGAGCUGGUUCAUGGAGUUCCUGGAGGCCGCGCUGGAGGCCGGGCUGAAGAAGAAGCGGAGCAGCACUGGCAAGGGGGCGACGGCGGCGCAGGGCUGCCCGCAGUCGCUGGUGCUCCGGGUGAUCAACUGGGUGGAGAUGGAGCAGAGCGGCGGCGAGAGCCGGAAGGCCGGGCACCCGAGGGCGGCCGCCAUCGCGAGGAAGCUGAGGAUCAAGGCCAAGAACCCCUGAGCUGAGGCCCUCCUCCUUGCCCUGAUCGAUUGCUCAUCAGUGAAUGAGAGUGAGCUCUGCUCGUGUGCACUGAAGAACGAACACUGAAGCUCUUGUUCGGCUUUUUGUAUGACCAAAAGCAACUUAAAUUAGGGCGACGAAAUCACAUUUGGACCGAACAAGUUUUAUCUUUUUUUUUGGCCAAGAAUUCCACAAAAGUCAAUUUGUCCUGAAACUUUA